AUGUCAACAUCACCUGCUGCCACAUGUCCCAAACGUCUGUGCACCGAUUCUGCUGCUGGGCCAAAAUGUAUUGGAACACAUAGUGGGACAUUUCAUUGUGACGAAGUGCUUGCCUGUUUUAUGUUAAAACAAUUGCCCGAAUAUCAAGAUGUCAAAAUCUUUCGUUCGCGCAACGAUGCCGAACUACAGGAGAAAUGUGAUAUUAUUGUGGAUGUGGGCGGUGAGUUUGAUCAUGAAAAGAAAUGGUAUGAUCAUCAUCAGAAAUCAUUUCAGCAUACAUUGGGUUCACUGAGACCUGAAUUUGAAGAGCAGUUUAAUAAAAUAAGGUUAAGUAGUGCUGGCUUGGUGUAUUGCUAUUAUGGAGAACGUGUUAUUGAUGAGAUUCUUAAAAAGCAUGCCGACAUUUCAUUAAGUCCCAAAAAUUUACAACUGACAUUUGUACAAAUCUAUCGUAAUUUUAUUAGCGAAAUUGAUGCCAUCGAUAAUGGUGUACCAAUGUGCCCGGAAGGCAUUGAACCAUUGUAUAAAAUCUCCACUGGCCUAUCAGGUCGUGUGGGUCGUUUCAAUCCCUCAUGGGAAGAAGAAGGCACUGAUGUCAAUGUCGAUGAACGUUUCCACGAAGCUAUGGCAUACGCUGGCAAAGAAUUUGUGGAUAAUGUUUUGGCCAUUGGUGGAUCAUGGAUAAAGGCUCGUGAAUAUGUACGUGAAGCUUUGGUGACAGCUAAAACUGUCUACAAGACUGGAGAAAUUUUAUUAUUGCCACGAUUCUGUCCAUGGAAGCAACAUUUGGUAGAAUUGGAAAAGGAAUACGACGUAGAGGGUGUACCAAAACUGAUUGUUUUUGUUGAUACAACUGGAAGUUGGCGUGUAGCUGGUGUACCUUUGAAUCCGGAUAGCUUUUUGGGUCGCAAAUUUCUACCCGAACCAUGGAGAGGUCUACGUGAUGAAGAACUAUCAAAAUUGGUCGGUAUUGAGGAUUUAGUGUUUGUACAUCACACCGGUUUUAUUGGUGGAGCCAAAACAAAAGAGGCAGCCAUUGCAAUGGCUAUUAAAAGUAUAGAAUUUUAAGAAGA